AUGACAGAGGUAAAAGAGAAUGAGAAAUCGAGAAAUAAAUCUUCUGCACAUCUGAUCGGUGGAUUUGUAGGCGGUCUGACUGCUGCAGUUGCGCUGCAACCACUGGAUCUAUUGAAGACAAGAAUACAACAACAACCUAAAGGUGUUGCAUCUGCUACUGCUGCUGGCUCCUCGAAUAAUGGAGUUGGUUCGAUGUUUAUCAAAUUGAUGAAGGAAAACCCUUUGCAACUGUGGAGAGGGACUUUGCCUUCUGCAUUACGGACCUCUAUUGGCAGUGGUCUAUAUUUAUCAUGCUUAAAUUCAAUGAGAACACAAGUUGCAAUACUUCAUUCAAGAAGAACUGGUGAAGCGAUUCAAACUUCAAGAAGCAGUAAAUUACCUGAAUUAUCAAUGAGUGCUAAUUUAGUUACAGGGGCCAUUGCUAGAGGUGUUGUAGGUUAUAUUACAAUGCCAAUUACAAUCAUUAAAGUUCGUUAUGAAUCAACAUUUUAUGAUUAUCAUAGUUUAAAGGAUGCCGUAAGAGAUAUAUAUCGUACUGAUAAAAUUAAUGGAUUUUUUAAAGGGUUUGGUGCAACCUGCCUUAGAGAUGCUCCUUAUGCUGGUUUAUAUGUACUGUUAUAUGAAAAGGCUAAAGAUUUUACACCUUUCAUAUUACCUUCAAAAUUAAUUUCUUUUGAAGACACUCAUAAUAAUAAAUAUAGUACAGCGACUUCUACAUUAAUCAAUACAACCAGUGCAUUUGUAGCUGCUGGUAUUGCUACAACUAUUACUGCACCAUUUGAUACAUUAAAGACUCGUAUGCAAUUGGAACCAAGUAAAUUUAACAAUUUCGUAAUGACAUUUAAUCAUAUGUUGAAAAAUGAAAGUAUCUUAUCUCUAUUUAGUGGAUUAAGUAUGAGACUCACAAGGAAAGCUUUUAGUGCAGGUAUAGCUUGGAGUAUAUACGAAGAGUUGAUUAAAAGGUUUAUGUAA